UUACUAAGCAACAGAGAACGCUAUCUGCUCCAGCUGAGCCAACUUUCAAAAUAGCUGCCUACCUAGGCUAAUUAGUAAGUAAAAAUAUCCCCAAAGUAUUCUCAUGCCAAACAAUUUCAUCCAAAAUGUCUUCUACUUCGACCAUUUCCAAUUUGCAAGAUAUCGGGAAGCAAACAUCGCCCCAGUAUUCCUCUGGGUCACCCACUUGCUACCCUCAUGAGUCAGUGACACAGGAGACCACUGAUGCGCAACCAUUUCCUGCUGCGGUUCAUCAGCCGUGUGCAGACACGUUUUCAACCUCCGAGGAAGAGAAGGAGGAGAAGACAAUGGAGAAACACGAUGGUGUGUUGACUGAAGAGGAAGUUUCCAGCUGUUUAUCCAACCUGGGACACUCUGCCACUGGACUAGAGCAUGUCUACCAGUUCCUCUCUGCGCCUGGUCGAAAUCUGAAUAAUGUAUCCAUCCUUUGCAAUUACGUCCACCUUCAAAAGCUAGAACUUCCUUACAACAAAAUAAAAGAUUUAUCCUGUGUAAGCCACAUGCCGUAUCUCAUCAUCCUGGAUGCCUCCCACAACCAACUCACCGACUUUUUUGGAUUCCAGCCGCCCAAGAACCUCAAGGAGGUUAACUUUUCCCAUAACCAGAUGUCAGUGAUGACACAUUUGUCAGCCUACUCGUCUUUGAGUAAACUGAAUCUGGACUACAACUGUUUCAGUGAGAUCGGUGGUCUGCUGCAUUGUGCCAGCCUCACACACCUCAGCCUGGCACACAACAAGAUCUCCUGUAUCAGUGGCUUGGACAACCUGCCAAUCAAAGACCUCUGUCUGAGGGGGAAUCAGAUUGAGAAGAUAGAGAAUGUGGAGACUCUGAGAACCCUGCAGGUCCUGGAUCUGUCUCUGAACCGCAUCAGCAGUCUGUCAGGCCUGCAGAAUCUCCAUCUGCUGGGCUCCAUCAACCUGGAGAGUAACCUGAUCAGUGAAAUCAAGGAGGCCACACACAUCCAUGACCUGUGCCUGCUCCGGGAGCUGAAUCUGCAGAGAAACCUAGUCCAGGAGCAACUGGACUACAGACUGGCAGUGAUCUUCCUCCUUCAACAUCUGACUGGCCUGGACCAGGAGAAAGUCACAGUAGAGGAGAAGGUCUCUGCUGUGAACAAGUACGACCCUCCUCUGGAGGUGGUGGCAGCCAGGGAGCACAUGAGUCACAUGGUAUACCAGCUGAUGCAGCCCCAGGUCAUCUACGAUAGCACCCUGCCCAGUCUUGACUCUCCCUACCCCAUGCUGGUGUUGACUGGGCCCCAGGCUUGUGGGAAGAGAGAGCUGGCCCACAAGCUCUGCCGAGAGUUCAACGACUUCUUCGCCUACGGAACCUGCCAUACCACCAGGGGUCCCUACUUUGGGGAGGAGGACGGGAGCGACUACCAUUUUGUCACGGAGGAAGACUUUCAGAACAUGAUUCACAUGGGUAAAUUCCUCCAGACGAUGCAGUAUGCGGGCCACUGGUAUGGUCUGUCUCGUGAGGCCAUAGAAGACGUGGCCAGGGAGGGCCUGGCCUGCUGUGUGCACAUGGAGCUGGAGGGCGUGUUCAGUCUGAAGAACAGCCACUUUGAGCCGCGUUACGUCCUGAUGAUCCCCACAGACAAGGAGCAGUACGGCAGGCGGCUGAGGACCAGAGCUCUGUACACCCAGACCCAGAUAGAUACGGCUGUAGCCCGCGUGGAUACAUACGUCCUGAUCAACAGAGAGCGCCCAGGCUUCUUCGAUAACGUCAUCCCCUGUGAUGAGCCAGUGGAGGCAUACAGAACCCUGAGGCAGGUGGUGAAGGACUAUCUGGGAGUGGAGGAGCAGGAAGGAGAGGACCAGAGCACCACCACAGCAUCUGUGACAGAGUUGAAGAGGGACUCCCUAGUGGACGAGGCGUCCCCAGCCGCCUCCACCAGAACAGAGACAGUCUUUAUGUCUCACUCCGCUCCAGACAUGGACCCCUCAGACCACAACUGUAGGAAGUACUACAACAAGGUCCAGGCCCAGCUCACCCCACAGAAGACCUCAGCAGAGAUGGCCUCCAUCCACAGACGGCAGCAGCUGGUCAGAGAGGCUCUGAUGGGGAAGAGUCCCAAAGCCUACACCCAGCUCUUCAAGAGGUGUGUUCACACAGCUCCAUCAUCAUUGGCCUCUCAGAUGCAGCAGGACCCCACCCUCUCAUCCCCCAUGAUGCCUAGAGCCAGCCAUGACAGACAACACAACCACUCAGAGAAUAGCAGCUCUGAUGACUCCCGUGCUAGUUCUGGCCUGUCCAUUCCCAGCUCAGCAGGGGCCUUCUCAGAGACAGCAGGACCAGCCGGGUGUUCAGACCUGGGCUUGGACACCACCGUGGAGCCCCUGGAUGUCUCCUCUCUGGGACACAACCUGGACAUGCUGAAAGAUCAAGUAGAAUCUGGCCACACUCCUGACGCCCCUCGCCCCGGCUCCGAGCUCCUCUCUCCGGGCGCCACCGCCACCAUGGCACGCCCAGGCUCCAACGCCAAACCCAUCCUGCCACCUAUCCUGUCGGGACGCAAAACCCCCGGACCCAGCCCUAAGCCCCAAACCCUGAGACAGGAGGGAGAUGAGGAGUGAAGAGGUGCAGGAGAGAGGUAGAGGAGAAGUGAAGAGGUACAGGAGAGAGGAAGAGGAGUGAAGAGGAAGAGGAGGAGUGAAGAGGUACGAGAGAGAGAG